AUGAGACAUUUUCAUGGAAGGCUACCAAUUUACCACAAAAGCCCUCUCAUCCGUCUAGUUGCUUUGGCUGCUGCCGGGUCGGGACUCAUAUAUUCAACCAUUGGCGCAAAUUCCGAAACAUCAGUAUCGGUCUUAGCUCCGGCACCACUGCGCGAGUAUUCAAGGUGGCCAUGGAGAACUAUUCAAGAGAUGAUUCUUCGUCCUUCAUAUUUUUCCUUGGAUCCUUCACUACAUGGACUGUGUCCAUUGUUUUUUUCUAGACCUGAGUCAGCCCCAUCAGCGGAUGUAAAGAAAGGACUUUCAGCAGAGGUUGGCGACAGCCCAAAACACUGUUGUAAUUGUUUGGGUCGAGACACUAUUGCAAAUGCGGCUGCUAGGGUUGGUCCUGCUGUUGUCAAUCUAUCUGUUCCACAGGGUUUUCACGGGCUAACAGUAGGAAAAAGUGUAGGCUCUGGAACUAUCAUAGAUUCAGAUGGUACUAUAUUGACUUGUGCUCAUGUGGUGGUUGAUUUUCAAGGUUUGAGUUCUUCAUCCAAAGGCAAGGUUGACGUGACUUUGCAAGAUGGUCGAUUGUUUGAGGGUACAGUUGUGAAUGCUGAUUUACAUUCUGAUAUUGCUAUUGUGAGGAUCAGAUCUAAAACUCCACUUCCGACAGCAAAACUUGGCUUGUCAAGUAAGCUUCGUCCUGGGGAUUGGGUAGUGGCUGUGGGCUGCCCCCUUUCCCUUCAAAAUACGAUUACAGCUGGUAUAGUAAGUUGUGUUGAUCGAAAAAGCAGCGAUUUGGGCCUUGGAGGAAUGCGGAGAGAGUACUUGCAAACAGAUUGUGCAAUUAAUGCGGUAAUGUUAAUUUUCUCUGCGUCUUCUUUUUCUCCUUAA